ACGUAAGCAUGGAAGAAACGACAACUGACUCUGAUUAUUACAAUUUACUAAAUGUUCCAAAAAACGCUGAUCUUCCGUUAAUUAAAAAUGCUUAUCGGCAAGCUUGUUUACAGUACCAUCCUGAUAAACACCCGGAAGAUGAGAGAAGAGAAUUUGCCACUUCCAUGUUUGCUAAAAUUCAAGCAGCGUAUGAUACUCUGUCCGACAAAAAUAAGCGUGAAAUUUACGAUCUCUACGGUGUUGAAGGUCUACGUGCCUUAACACAGGUCUCCACUAGUCAUAGUUCACUUCGGGAGGAAGUCGAAAGAAUAAAGCGAGAGCGCCAAGAAGAACGUCAAAGGCAGAGAACGAAUGCAAAAAGCAAAUUUCACGUCAGCCUCAACGCACAAAGCCUUUUUUGUAGGGAAUCUCGCUUCCUGGAAAAACUGCGCAAGAUAGAGCUGGCAGGUAUGAGCAUCAGUCAGUCUGUUCAGGCACCCCUAACAGCAAACGGCCUUUGCACGCUGCAGGGAAACGUACUAGCAACAAGGGGCAACGGAGUAGGUACCCUCCAGGCGAAGACGCGUUAUAAUCUUUCCGACUCCAACUGGAUUGAAUUUCAAGUCGGAGGUGGCUCUAUGACGCGGUUCUCUUCCGUAUUUUAUCAGAGACUUGGAAAGCUAAAUUUUCUCACUGUUGAGGGGCACGCUUCCAGAAAAGCUUUUACAACAAAACCCGGCUUUGCGCUUGGAUCUUCUGUUACUUUUGGACGACAUCUGCUUCCCGGGAUAACAGGGCACCUCUCAUGGCAUGUGGGCGCGAGCUCAUCGCUAUCCACGAGAGUCCGUUCUGUUAGCCGCAUAUCAUCCACUUCGGGGACGUUGCAGGUCGCGAGAAAUGGCCUUUUAAUAGCAGGAAGUUACGAGUACGUGAUUGAUAAAACCUCUAAAGCUACCCUACAAGCGAAGUUCGGAACCGGUCAACUCUCAUUAGAAUACGGCGCUGAAAUGAAAUUUUCUUCUUACAACACUUUUGGGAUGCGUUUGUUGAUAGGAAUUCCACACGGCGUUAUUCUUAAGAUAAAAUUUUCUCGCGCCGGUCACGUGUAUGCCUCGGCCAUUCAACUCUCUGAACUACCUACCCUUGAGGCUUCAUUGUUUGGCACUUUUGUUCCUCUCACCGCCGCCUGGGCAAUCUCUAAAUAUCUUAUUAACCCGUUGCUUCAGUACACAUCUCCAGCACAGCAAGAGUAUAUCAAACAGUGUUUGCUAGAAAAACGGAAGGAAGCAGAAUUUGUUGUGAAUCUGAUGGCAGACGCAGUUAAGAAAAUAAUUGAAGAGGAAGAAAGAAAACAAGGACUUAUUAUUGUCAAAGCGUUGUACGGUGACUUGAAUUCCCGUAAUAUUGACUGGGGAAACCCUUACUGUCCAGUUAUUGAUGUGACUAUUCCGCUUCAGAAUCUUGUUCGCAACUCGCAACUCCACUUAAGCAGUUCUUCUAAAAGCGGUAUUCCGGGCAUAUACGAUUGCUGUCCUGCGAAGCCAAAGCAAAUGAAAAUCCAGUACCGUUUCCGGACGCAAAUUCAUCAGUGUUUUGUGGAGGACAACAAACCUCUGAGUUGUCCUAAAAGAUCGCACAUCCUGUUGAGUUAAGCGGGACUUACCUUUUCUUUAAAGUAAAACUUGUCUAGUUAUAUUAAAUAUAUAAAUAAAUUCUUUG